AUGUUUCGUACCACAUUCCGCGCGGCCUCGAGGUCGACAGCUCUCCGAAGUCUGCGAGCUCAGCAGCCAGCAUCCUCCUUCCGUCGCUUCGCCUCGACCUCGUCUUCGCCGGCAAACAAGCCACGGACAUGGAAGGGCUCUGUCCUCCGUUGGGGAUUGGCCGGUGGAAUCCUGUACUACUACAGCACAAGCAACGUAUUUGCCGACGAUGCCGCCUCUCAAACUAUCGCACCGCCUCCAUCCUUUACAGACUCUGACCUCCCGACCGUUGACUCUCUCCUCGAGGAGAAGCGAAAGCUGGUGAAGGAGACGAGCGAAAAGGCCGCGCCCAAGCCUGCUGCCGAGACGAAGCAGAAGCAGCUGCCUCCUGCUGAGGCGCCAAAGACGGAAACCCCCGGUAUUGAGGGCUCUGGUGAUGUUGCCGCUGCCGCUGGUGUCCAGGCUCUCGAGGGAGAGGCGGACCAGCAGGGCGCUUUCAACCCCGAGACGGGAGAGAUCAAUUGGGACUGCCCGUGCCUUGGUGGCAUGGCCCACGGCCCUUGCGGGGAGGAUUUCAAGACGGCUUUCAGCUGCUUUGUCUACUCCGAGGCUGACCCCAAGGGAAUGGACUGCAUCGAAAAGUUCCAGGGCAUGCAAGACUGUUUUAGGAAGUAUCCUGAUAUCUACGGCGGAGAGCUGACCGAUGACGAUGGGUCGAGUGACGCACCCGCCCCCGCCCCCGCCUCUGACGCGCCCAUUGCCCUGGCUUCCGAUGCUUCUACUGCUCCCGCCACCACCACCGAGGCUAAGCCCGAGGCUGCCUUCCAGGCCCCUGCCGCUAAGCCCGAGACCCCCGAGGUCCGUCUUGACGCAACCCCCGUGGGUGGAUCUGCCGACGGCAAGAAGCACAGUGCCACGCCCAUUAAGGAGGGCAAGCCCAAGAUGUGGGUGGACGCUACUGCCGCCAACGAGGAUAAGAACAGGAUCAACCAGUGA